UCUCUUUAGCCAAUUCAUUCAAGUAAAGAAUCUCAAUUCUCAAUUUCACAAAAAAAAAGAAAAAAAAUGUCUCCUGAAGAAAUGUCGAAUAUGAAAUCAUUAAUAUCGACUAUUGCAUCCGUUACUGCAACAGCUAUGCUUGUUCGAAGCAUAGCUAGUGACUUUAUCCCAAAAGAAUAUCGUAGUUAUGUCUUUGAUAGCUUCCACAGCCUUUUUCAUCGUUUCUCUUCGCAAUUCACAAUCUUGAUUCAUGAAUUCCAGGGUCCGUCUCCAAACCUCGUGUUCGAGGCAGUUGAGGUUUAUUUAGGAAGUAUAGUGAACUCUUCUACUAAGAGUAUUCGAUUAGGGAAGACGGAGAAUGACAAAGGGCUAGUUAUUACAAUGGAUAAAGACGAAGAGAUCAUCGAUGUUUUUGAGGAUGUUAAGGUGACAUGGAGGAUGGAAUGUAGACGAAUCGAGUCAGGGAGCCAGAACGAUGAGAUAAAGGAUAUGAUAGCUGCAUUGUGUUCGGAGCUGAGAUGUUAUGAGUUGAAAUUUCAUAAGAAACAUAAGGAGAAGGUGAUGAAAUCGUAUUUACCUUACAUUAUGGAGAGAUCAAAAAACGCGAAAGAAGAAUCCAGGGUUAUAAAAUUGUAUUCUAAUUUCAGGAACUGGGGUUCUGAUGGAAUGAAUCUCAAACAUCCUAUGACAUUCGAUACUCUAGCUAUGGACGAAGAGGUAAAAAACGCGUUAAUUGAUGAUUUAGAAAGUUUUGUUAAAGGGAAAGAGUACUAUAGCAGGAUUGGUAAAGCAUGGAAAAGAGGUUACUUGCUUUAUGGACCUCCGGGAACUGGUAAAUCGAGUUUGAUUGCUGCUAUGGCGAAUCAUUUGAACUAUGAUAUCUAUGAUUUAGAUCUUACAGAAGUACGUAGCAAUUCAAAUCUUCGAUCAUUGCUACUUGGUAUGUCUGGCCGAUCAAUACUUGUAAUCGAAGACAUUGAUUGCAGUAUUAAUUUAGAAAACAGAGAACAGAAGGAAGAAAAGGAAAAUAAGCAUAACAGAGUUACUCUGUCAGGGAUACUUAAUUUUCUCGAUGGGAUAUGGUCGUGUUGUGGAGAGGAACGAGUAAUUGUGGUUACGACGAAUCACAUUGACAAACUUGAUGCAGCAUUGUUGAGACCUGGAAGAAUGGAUAUGCACAUCAACAUGUCAUACUGCAAGUCAUCGGCGUUUAAACAAUUAGUUUUCAAUUAUUUAAAUAUUCAUGAUCACGAACUGUUUGAUCAAAUCGGAGAGCUAUUACAAGUUGUGGAGGUUACACCGGCAGAUGUUGCAGGGGAACUGUUGAAAAGCAAGAAUCCAACUAUAUCCCUUCGAGGGCUCGUUGAAUUUUUGAAAAUAAAAUUGCAGAAAGAAGAGACGUUGAAAUCGCAAAAUGGAGGACCAGAGGCAGAGGAAGCAUUCAAAGAUGAAACGAAACAUGAAUCUAUACAUGAUUCUUCUGAGGAUCUGAGUAAUAUUGUUGAUCUGUAAACGAAGACGGAGACACAUUUUGUACUUUCUUCUUCUUGUAUGUUGAUGAAUAAAUAGAUUAUUGAAGCUAACAAGUAUUUUGAGCUAUCUGUUCAGUCAAA